AUGUCGACCUGGGCCGUAAGAGACCUAACAGAAAAGAGCAAACAGCCAAAGCGGCAAACCGACAAACGGCAAGGGGACCUGGCCCUGCGCCGCCGUGACGGAUAUCCUCCUCCCCUCCACAUACUUUCCACAGAUCAAGUGCGGUCAUGCCGCCGCGCUUCACAGCUUGGGCUGAGCGUUGCACAUCAUCACCGCCCACUCGCUGAGGAGAGCCGGUCAUGCGGCCUCCACUGUUAUGAUCCACGAUUCGGGCUGGAAGUACGAUCAUGGCAGAAGAGUGAGUCACCGGGGAAGCUGGCGGCCGUGUGGGGGACUCGGUUCCCCACGGAAAACAUGGAGGUUAUGGCGGAAGGAGAGGCAGAGGAACGCAGGAGGGAACACUGGAAGCUGCUGUCCAGCUUAAAGACCACAGUGGAAGGCCUGGUGUCCUCUAGUAACCCCAAUGUGUGGUCACGGUACGGGGGCUUGCAGCGGCUGCACAAGGACAUGAACAACAUCCUCAGCCACGGACUGAAAAACGAGCAGGUAUACUACAAGCACAGAGACUAUUGGCCGUUUGUUUGGUGUGUGCGCUACAUCAGCCCCCAUCUUGCCUCACAUGUCGAACAGUUCAGUCACCUGGAACCGGUGCUGAGCAGCGGGAUGCAGAGCACCGGGGAAAGCUACAAGGCCGAGCGCUGGCUGCUGCACAGCUUACAGGCCCACAUGGUCUCGGCUCAGCUCAGACCUCUGCUCAGGCAUCUGGGACACACUCGGAAAUACUACAAUGAUGAUGCAUUCCUGCUGAGUGAGCCCCAUGUGACCGCCAUGUUUCAGUGUCUGGAAGCCGUGGAGCAGAAUAACCCUAAACUGCUGGCCCAGGUGGACACCGUGGGGUUGUCUCCUCUAAAAGGCUCGCCAUGUCUGGGUCUUUUGAAGAGCCAGAGCUUGUGUGUGCUGCCGGGGGCCGGUGGGCUUUGGCAGAACUCCGACACGGCUCCUUGCAGAGAAUCCCUAAGCCGCAGGCUGGCCACCUCUAACUGCUCUCUGAGGAAGCAGAAAUCUGGGUCCAUAUCAGGAACUACAUCCCACAACAGCAACACAAACUCUACCUCUCCAGCCAGCAGCUUGGAAGCUCCCUGGGUGUGCGUAUCUGGGUCAGCAGAGACGGAGCGAGGUGUGACUCCGCCCCCUGCGCCGGUGUCGGUUCCUGGCCUCUCCCUGACGGAGACCCCUCCGUCCGCCUCCCCUCAGCCCGAGCCUGGGGAUUCCUGCGACGGGGACUCUGACGAUGGCCCGGAGUACCUGGCCAUCGGCAACCUGGGGCAGCGGAGUCGCCGUGACUCCCGGAGCUCCACCCACAGCAGUGACCAAGGGGAGGCCAAGGAGCAGUACCUGCAGCAGAGCCCCCUCGCCCCGGCCCCGCCAAGGUGCUCGUCUUUUUCAGAGGGCCAGAGGGGGACGGGCAGGGGCUCCAGAGGACACACGCGCUCCUUUUCAGACACAGGUCUCAAUCAAAAACUCAGGAACGAAUCAGCAGGUGAAGACCGUUGCAUGAAGGAGUACAGCCCUUUCUCCCCUCAGCGCAGUGACUGCAGCACCCCCAGUUCUCUAUACAUGGAGUCUUAUGGGACCCAGUACAGCAGUGUUCCAGAUGGGAUGUUCAGGAAGCCUUCCAAAGGCCAGAGCCUCAUCAGCUACUUGUCAGAGCAGGACUUUGGCAGCUGUGCUGACCUUGAAAAGGAGAACGCUCACUUCAGCAUCUCGGAGUCCCUUAUAGCUGCCAUCGAACUGAUGAAGUACAACAUGCGGCGUCCGGUGGAGGAAGGUGAAGAGGAGGGAGACAGCGACUCCGAGAUCCAGCAGCUAAAGCAAAAGAUCCGCCUGCGGAGGCAACAGAUCCGACGCAGCCGCCUGCCCCCCUGCGCCUCCUCCCAGCACAAGCUCUCUUGUGCAGAUUUCCAUUCCACUGACAGUGGGGGCUCCAGGAGGAGCUCUCAGGAUUCCGACAACGGCCUUUCAAACUCUGGCUCGGCCGAGGAGGUGGAGGAAUGUGAACUGCUAGAUGGCUGUGAGGGUCAGUCCCUGCUGGCGGUGUCUCAGAACGGACUCUCCCUGUCACUCGCCUCCCUCUUCUCAGAUGCAGACAUAAAGCGCAGUGUAAGCUCCAGCGGCCGAUCAUUCCUCAGCUCAGAGUCCAUCUCUCCCUCCUACCUCCAGUCUAACUCGGCUGAGUCGGUAGCCAUGGGCCUACUUAGGCAGUUUGAGGGCAUGCAGCUUCCUGCAGCCUCAGAGCUCGACUGGCUGGUCCCAGAACACGACGCUCCACAAAAGUUGCUGCCCAUCCCUGACUCGCUCCCGAUCUCCCCCGACGACGGUGAACACGCAGACAUCUACAAGUUGAGGAUUCGGGUUCGGGGCAACCUAGAAUGGGCGCCGCCUCGACCUCAGAUCAUUUUCAACAUUCAUCCCGCCCCCAAGAGAAAAAUAAUUGUGGCGAAGCAGAACUAUCGCUGUGCUGGCUGUGGCACCCGCAUUGACCCAGAUUACAUCAAGCGCCUGCGUUACUGCGAAUACCUCGGCCGUUACUUCUGUCAGUGCUGCCAUGAGAACGCCCAGGCCGUUGUUCCGGGCCGUGUGCUGAGGAAGUGGGAUUUCAGCAAGUACUAUGUCAGCAACUUUGCUCGGGACCUGCUGAGCAAGAUUGCGGGAGAUCCGCUGUUCAACCCCAGCGACAUCAACAGCGGCCUUUUCAAGAAGAUCAAAGCCCUGGAGUCUGUUAGGGUUUUGAGGGUGCAGCUGUUCCACAUGAAAAAUCUCUUCAAGACCUGUCGCUUUGCUAAAGAGGUGCUGGACCAGUUCGACAAGCUGCCGGGUCACCUGACCGAAGACCUUCACCUCUUCUCCCUCAAUGACCUCGCUGCUGUGCGGAAUGGAGAGCUGGCCCCCCGGAUGAAGGAGCUGCUUAAGCUGGGCACCACGCAUGUAGCCGGCUGCGUGCUGUGUCAGGCCAAGGGCUUCGUGUGCGAGUUCUGCGGCAACGACAAAGACAUCAUCUUCCCCUUCCAGCUGAGCAAGUGCCAGCGCUGCGAAGGUGAGCCCCCUCCAAGAGCCCCCUCUUCCUUUGCAGUUUCCUGGAAAAACUGGAAGAUCCCGAAUCCCCGUAGACUGGCGAAAGUCCUGUCCAGAGACAGGAGAGAGGGGGAGGGAGGGGAGGAGGAUAUACAGCCGGGAGCGGAUCGGGAGGUAACGAGCGGAGAGCAAAAGGAGGCGCGUGAAAAAGGAGCCGAGGAGUUAAAGGAGACGGCUGAAGCCAGUGAUGGAGGGGGAAUGUUUCAGACAUCUACUUCUGGAAAACUGGCUACGGCUGUUCCCUGGAGGAAGAGUGAUGAGGAGGGAAAGGAGAUGGCAGGCAGCGUGGAGGUGGUGGGAGAGUGGGAAUGGGUUGAAGAGGUGGAGGGGCGAGACAGUCGACGUGCGAGUGUCCGCACAGAGGGGGACAGGAGUGAGGGAAGUGGAGACGAGCGGACAAGGAGGGAAAAAGGGAACUUCCUGAAAGUUUUACAAAUGGACAAACUGAAGAAGAGCAUCUUGGAACGAGACAGAAGAGGCAGUGAGACCUGCAGCAGCAUGGAGAGCUUAGACGAAGCAGGAGCAGUGAGGAAAGGCCCCAGGACGGUGCCAGGGUUCGUAAGCCGAGUCAGGAGUCUGGUAAAGAAAGGGAAUAGGGAAGAGAAGGAACUGAAAGAGGAAACCAAGAACGAAGAGUCUCCAAAAAUAUCGUCAGAGGGCGAAGAAGGAACAAAGCCGGAAGGGAAAGAUCAGACGGGGAGGGACGGCGAAACCACAACACUGGAGAAAUUCCGAAUCACAAAAUUCCUAAGGCCCCAUCAGCGGCCGUCUGUCUUCUCCAAAGGCAGAACCAAGGCAGAGGAGGAUGGAGGAAGUGGUGAAGGGACGGAUUCUGAGGGGGGGAGGGAGCCGGAAGGCCGCAAAGAGUCAGCAGUGCCUGCACGAAUGAACUGGAGGGCUCGCAAAACCCGUAACGCCAGGAGAGUAAGCCGGGGCAAGAAGAUGAAGGAGGGGGGGCAGGGCGAGGAGGCAGGAGGGGAGGAUUCAGAGAAAGACGACAGAGGCCAUCGUUCCGAGGGAAGAGGAGGAGCACAGUGACAACACAGUCGUUCAAAGUUCAAUAAGGGAAAGGAAGGUUGUUUCCAUCAUCCGAAGUUCCCGGAGUUUCCAAGUAGCUAUGUGUCAUGGUGUCACGGUUUUUAUCAAUGUUUGUCUGGAUAACUUUAUACUUACAGAGCCGACUGCCUGACCUGUUGUUUUUUUUCUGAAGCUCAGUAUACUUCACACAUUGGCCUCUCAAGAGCAAAUCCACAGCCUGCAGUCUGGCAGCUGUAACCCAAAAGCUCUUUGAUGUAAUUUGUUGAAUUCACACAGAAACGCGCUCCCUACUCGGUUAAAAGGAAUUCCAAGAUUUAAUUUGUCCGAUCACACGGAGCCCACACGUAGGGCGGUGGUCUUUCCUUGGGUUUGCAAACCUCUUCUCCUG